GUGGUGACGGUGGCCCGCGGGGCGGCGGGGCGGAAGAGCGGCGGGAGCUGUGUGCCAGGCUCGCUCGCUUCGGGACGCUCAUUGUGUCUGUCCUUCCUGGGACGGGGCUGGAGAGGACCUUGAGGCGUCGGACGUCGCCGCAGAGGCAGGGGCCUGUGCCCGGGGCUCCCCUUGUGCGGCAGGCGGGCUGGUUUUCGGAAGUUUGGAAGAGGAGCAUCCAUGCCUCUCCUAACCCAGCGCGUUCCGGACGAGGACGAGCAGUACUGCUUAGUGGCCAGCCUCGACAACGUUAGGAAUCUCUCCACCGUCUUGAAAGCCAUUCAUUUCAAAGAACACGCCGCGUGUUUUGCUACCAAAAAUGGACUCAAAGUUACCGUUGAAAAUGCAAAGUGUGUGCAAGCCAAUGCCUUUAUUCAGGCUGAAGUGUUUCAAGAAUUUACCAUUCAGGAAGAAUCUGUUACUUUCCGAAUUAACUUAACUAUCCUUUUAGACUGUUUAUCUAUUUUUGGAUCAAGUCCUACUCCAGGGACUUUAACUGCACUUCGGAUGUGUUACCAAGGCUAUGGUCAUCCUUUGAUGCUGUUUCUAGAAGAAGGAGGAGUGGUAACAGUCUGCAAAAUUAACACCCAGGAGCCUGAAGAGACUCUCGAUUUUGAUUUCUGUAGCACCAAUGUUAUAAAUAAAAUUAUCCUGCAGUCAGAGGGGCUGCGGGAAGCGUUUUCUGAGCUGGACAUGACGAGUGAUGUUCUACAGAUCACCGUGUCUCCUGACAAGCCCUACUUCAGGCUAUCUACUUUUGGAAAUGCUGGAAGUUCUCACCUUGACUAUCCCAAAGAUUCUGACUUGGUGGAAGCAUUUCACUGUAAUAAGACCCAGAUCAACAGAUACAAACUUGCUUUACUGAAACCCUCUACAAAGGCAUUAGCUCUAUCCUGUAAAGUAUCUAUUCGGACAGAUAAUCGAGGAUUCCUCUCGCUACAGUACAUGAUUAGAAAUGAAGAUGGGCAGAUAUGUUUUGUGGAGUAUUACUGCUGCCCUGAUGAAGACGUUCCUGAGUCUUGACUAAUCCGUUGUGAAUAUUUGUGUGUGUUUAUAGUUGUCUUGUCACUCUGACCGCACAGUCUCAUGAUUCCAUCGUGGAUGUCUGCAGAGACUCAUGGGGAAGACAAGAUCAAGGUUCCAUUGUGUAAAUAUUUUUAUAUAGCCAUAAAUUAUUGUACUGCCCCCAUGAAUAUCUUUUUUUAUUUAUGUGUAUGUGCGUUUUUGCCUACUUUGGAUGUAUAUGCACUACAUAUGUGACUGGUGUCUACAUAGUUCAGAAAAAGGCAUUGAAUGCCUUAGAAUUGGAGUAAAAGAUGGUUAUGAGCCACCAUGUGGGUUCUGAGAACCAAACCCCAGUCCUCCACAAGAGCAACAAAUGCUCUUAACCUCUGAGCCCUCUCUCCAGCAUUCCCCCUCUCCAUGACUAUCUUUAGAAUUUAUACAUAUAUAUGUACUCAGGCACACACAGACACACACAUUGUAUGGGAUUCUCUGUGUAACAGCCCUGGCUGCCUUUGUAGAGCAGGCAGGCUAGCCUUUGUAGCUAGCCUCUGUCUUUGUAGAUAGAGCUCUGCCUGCCUUCUACUCCUGAGUACUGGGAUUAAAUGUGUGUAUCACCAUGCCCAGAUCUAUAGCUUAUUUUUUCCCUGAACACCGUGCUCAGAUAUCCUUCAGGGUUACAGGUUUUCUUGUUCUCAGAGCUGCUUGAUGCAGUUAGCACCAGACACCUUCCAUUUGUCUAUAGAAGCCUCUUGACCAAAUUGAAACCAGCCAUUAAGUAUUUUUGUAUUUUCCUGAGUAGGUUUUACUAAAAUAGUUUUUGAGGCAUAUAGUCUUUUGUCACUAAGAAAACAUAAUAUUAAAUUGUAGGAUAAACACUCUAAGUAGGAAAAAAUACACAACUAAAAUGAAUUUUCUGACUUCACUGUGCUAGGUACUAGCAACUUAGUGUAAAUAGGUACUAAUAGUUUUAGGGUAUGGUAUUUUGUCAUGGGAAAAUACUGUCAUUCUAUUGCUGUAUUCAUUUAGCAUUCCUGGCAGUUAUCGGCUUUUUCCAGUCAUUUUGACUCCUGUCCCCAAAUAAAAAUACCCAAGACAACUGAUGAUUGAAAAUGAUUCAGUGCUAUCUACCAGAACGUGAGGGUGCCUUUGGAAUGCCCAGCCUAAAGCAGCACACAGAACCCUGCAGAGAGCUGGCUUGAGGAGAAAUGAAUCAGGUGGCUAAGGCCAGGGUUAGUAGUGAUGACUUGUGAGAAUCCCAGACAAUCUUGUGAACUGUAGUGUGUGUUUUAAGAGGGAAAUGGAACAAUCUCCUAAGUGUCAGAAUACUUUAUGUUUCCAUGAACACCAGAAGGAGAGCCACUGUAAACUGUAAUUAUGAAAGGCAGCCAUUGACACUUGAGGGAGCACACCUUUCCUUUAUAUUUAAGACAAUAUUGUAACACUUGGAAUUUUUAAUUGCUUUCUGCUAACCCCUCUCUCCCAGCGUACACUGUAUAUUGUCUUGUUUCUGAUCAAGUGGAACUUGAUAAGAAAGGGUGUGGAUGUUUCAACCCAUAAGUAGAACUCUGAGUUUAUGGACAGGUUGCUUAAAUGUGUCCAAUAUGGCAGAUUUUGAUUUGUUCUAACUUGCUAUGAAGAUCAUAAGAAACUAGCUUACCCUUACACACCCAAAAAUGCCACUGCCUGUUAGCUAAUUCAAGAGAGUUGUGAAGCUCAGGCCCAUUAGCAGCAGGAAGCAUUUGUCUACAGCCAUACCACCCCAAACAUACACAUUCUAGUAGGUCUCAGAAGCUUAGCAGUGUUAGUACACAUUAGUACUUGGAUGGGAGAAAUAUCAAGAGUUAAUUGUGUGAUCCCUGUCAUUGGUUCCCAACAGACUGAUUUAGAAAGCUUGCUACUUACCUAGUUUUCCGAAGAGAACGCCAUUUUAAAUUAGGUUAUGCUAUGCUGAACAUUUCUACUGUUCUUAAUGGUUCACAAAACAGUGAAAAUUUCAAGUUGGUGAAACAACUCAGUAUGUUACCACGGUGGAUUCAUGCCUAUACACUUGUCAGAUCCAUAAACUAGUGUGUGGAAGUGGAAGCGACUAUCCCAAGCUGACUGAAGUCAAUGUGGAACGUCUGGAUACCAGCAAAUGUCCCAUCUCCAGGCAGGGCUAAAAUGAACAAUGACAAGCCAAGUAACCACUAAACAAUGACAAAAAGAAGAGUCAGGGCAGCACCUGAGGACAUUGAUUCUGAGUGCCAGACUAAAGCAUGCUGGGAGAACACUGGCAGCAGCCUGGAGAAAACCUGCCAGUCUGUGGUCUGACCUUGAGAAUGCGGUGCACGCAGGCUCUGGCCACAGCCAAAUGUCACUUUGGGAUUGUGUGAUUAUUGGAUUUUACAGACUGAACAAAUGUAAAACCAAAAUGUCCUGUGAGUCCUAAGUGGUAGAGUAGUUGGUAGUGAGACACCGCGUUCCCCAAAGUCAGUUCAGGUAACAGGGUGAAGAGAGAAGUUUUAAAGUUGUAUAAACAACUAUGAAAUUUCUCUCUUGUCUUUGCACCCAUGAAAAAUCCUAUGAUUCAGUAAUGCCUACUUCUUUCCUAGAUAUUUCAACCGCUGAGGAAUGUCUUCACAAAUCUCUCAGCCUUCCUUUUCUAAAGACUCAUUGCUUAUUUCUGUGUGAGGGGGGCACACGCCAUGGCACCUGUGUGGAGGUGAGGAGACAGCUCUGGAAUCCGCUUUUGCCGUGGACCUGGUUGGGCCAGAGUCUCCCUUAGUCUAUCUUAGGUAGAGCAGUGCUGCAUGCUUUAGGCUAGCUGGCUAUCAGCUUCUACUUCCAGAUGAUUCUCCUCUGCCUCUCUUCCCUCCCUAGGAGGGCUGGGAUUACAGACCCGUGCCACCACACCCAGCUUGGGAUUUUUUUUUUUUUUUUUGAGUUCAGUGACUGAAAUCAGGCAGUCGGGCUUGCACAGCUAAGCCUUGUAUGCAUGGAGCCACCUUCACCAGCAGACCCUUUCCUAAAGAUUUUUGACUCCAGUUUGGUGGAGGCAGUAUGGAAGGAACAACCAGCUAUAAUCCAGGGAUAACUGCCAAGAUGACCUUAGACAAAAACCCUUUAAUUUCUCUUGUCCUACCCACAAUCUUUUCAUUUAUAAAAUCAAGUCUAUUCUAAUUCUGAUACAUCGUCAGAUCAUGCAUGGCAAAUGUCUCAGGAGACCCCAACAUUACUCACAAAGCAGUGUUAAUAGCCUUAAACAGACUGUGACUAACACCACUUCCAAGGAUGCUCAUCGAUAAACUGCUUAGUAAGGUACUGUCUAAUUUUUUAAAAAACUCAGGACUGGGGAUAUGGUGCAGUACUGGACCAGCACGUGGUUCUGUUCAGCCCAUAGUAUCUAGAGGGGUGGGGGGUGGGGGCAAGG